AGGUGAACCGAAGUGCAGAAUUUUGGUGGUUGGUUGUCGACGAAUCUGCGUGGUCGCCGGCGAUAUUUUGUAGCUAAAAGGCUAAUUUGAAGGUUACUCAAGCCAGCUUUGUUUUAAGCCAAUUCUCGGACUCAUUGGAGUUUUGAGAGCUGCCACAAUGGACGUGGACCCGACACCGGCCGGCGGCGGCGGACCGUCUCAGGGUGGCGGAGGGGGCGGCACAGGCACUGCCUCCUCGGGAUCCACGCUCAAACGGUCCUCCAGCGCGCCAAUGAUCAACGAGCUCGUGUCGCAGGCGCAGAACAUCAGCUGCAGCUCAACUUCUGCCUCCAGGGGUUUCGGCUCGCCGCCGCUAUUCUCUUUCGGCGGUUCCAGCCAGACACACAACCCGCGCGUGCGUCGCUUCAGUGCCACCUUCAGUCCGCUGGCUCCGCCCAGUUCUCCGGGCAGCAGCAGCGGGGUACGCACACCGUCCCGGCUGAUGCAGAUCCGACAGGAGGCCGGGCUCGAGGACCCCGAGAUCAAACACGAGCGGAGCGUGCACGCCGCGCUGCAGGUGUCGCUCAGCUGCGAGGAUCUCGUCGUGAGCUCUCGGGACGACUCGCUGAAGAAGUCGGGAGGCAGCGGCCGCUCGGUGACGGACCCGCUGCACCUCACCAUGCCGCAGCCGUCGGCGCUGCCCUACGGCUCGACACCGUCCCCACAGGCCGGCCGGCCGGCCGUGCUUCUCGCCGCAG